UCGAUCCAGAUUGUGCCCCCCAAUUCCAAAAUAAUCACAAGUUCACAACCCGUUUAUUCUCUUGGAUCGCGCUUUGGAGAAGUGCAUACACCCCAAGUUCAGUAAAGUUCAGCAGGGGUUAUUCUUACAAAGAUACAACUGAAGAAGACGAACACAUCUAAAACAACCACGAUGGAUGAUUACACCAGAGAAAUGAUGGAGCUGAAGACCCUCGUCACUAGAACCCUUGAAAAAAAAGGGGUUCUCGCCAAGAUUCGAGCUGAACUUAGAGCAAGUGUGUUUGAGGCAAUAGAGGAAGAAGAUAAAGCAAUCGAAAAAGAUGAAGGCUUGCCUCCUGCACUAUUGGGUAGUUGCAAUGAACGUGCAAGGCAACUUCAUGCUUUACCUUCAGGUCGGCUUUUAACAGCUCUAAUAUGUGAAUACUUGGAUUGGGCACAACUUAGCCACACACUUAAAGUUUAUUUGCCCGAGUGUAAUUUGCAAAAGGAUGUGUGGAAAUCUGAAUUAAAAGAUUUCAGUAAUAAGAACGGAUAUGAUAUAAACCGAAAUGGAGAUAGUGUUCCAUUGUUGUUGGAUGUACUUGAAGGAUUCUUGAAAUUUGAGAAUCAAUCUCAAGUAAGAAGUGGUGGAAGGAGACCAGUCAUGCACGAGCAAGAUUCUUUGACUAAUUUCGACUCUCGAAGUAGAAGACCUCCUCUCGGAAGGCCAAUUCCUUCUUCCCAGGCAUCUGAUCGAAGGGGAGGUUCUUUAAAUUCGGGGUACAAUAGAAGAUAUGAGAGUGAUGAUAUUGAUAUUCCGGAGGACAUUAUGCGCGCCUCAGCUGCCUUAGAAAACCUUCAAUUGGAUAGAAAGACUCGUAAUUUCACUACCACUUGGCGGCAUGGUGGUGACGGGUGCAAUGAGGAUGAUGGAAGGGUUGACCGUAUGUAAGUAAACUUAAUGGCUUUGACUUGAGCUUGUGUAGUUUGUAGUUAAAUUCAUAUUAGUGUUUCAAUUCAAUGUUUAUGUUUUGUGAAAUUUGGACAAGUUUUGGCCCUUUGGUUUGAGGGUGGAUAUGAUGGAAGUAGCAUGUAAUAUCAAGUUGUGUGUUUUUGA